GAGGGGUUUUAACUUAACUGUUUUAGAGGUAGACAGAUACCUGUUUCAUUUCUUCUUUAACCCCUUCAGUAGAGACAACGUUCUGUCAGAGCCAGAAAGGAGCCGUUUUCCUUCAGCUUCCACUCUUUAAGUCUGCAAUUAAUAGUUACCACACCUGCGUAGAUGGCGACAACCAUUUCCCGGUGUCUAAAUUGAUAGAUGUAGUUCAUGAUGUAGAUUGUAGAUAGAUAGACGUACCUUUGUAUCUUCGAUAUCGAGACAAGCUGUUUAGGCUACUUGAUCUAGAGGGCCUGUGUACCGUGCCUACAUCAUUUCACCUCCCUGUUGAGCCUUGUGAAAGGCUGCAUGUAAAGGCCUGAAUAUAACUGUCUGUUGCUUUAACUAAACUGGAAAGGUGACUUCCCAGGUGUGUGUGUGUGUGUGUCAGAGAGAGCGAGAGAGCGAGAGCGAGAGCGAGAGAGCGAGAGCGUGCUUGUAACAGGUGUAUCCAAGAAAACAGGUAACCGCUCCUACUUUUGAGAAGCCAGAAUAUGGUGUGCUAGUGUCAAAGAAACAGAACAUCAUUUGUGCAUUUCACUAGGAAUCAAUUACUUUGCCAAAACGCAAAAAAAGGAAUCGGCAGCACUUUUUACAUUGAGAGAGAGUAACUUCCCAAAGGAUUUGUUGGAAGAAGAUAAGCCAACAACAACAAGCCAGACAUGGUCGAAUCAUACAUGUUGGCUAAAUCUGAGGAUCUAUACUACUUUUAGCCUAGACUUUUUUACAUUCCUGUCUUGGAUUUGACACUGGAUGAAAGAAAGUUCACUGUCUGGGAUAAGAUCAUAAACUGAAGUUAAGUGGAAAUUGGACCAAUGUCACAACAAAUUCCAGCAUCAGAAUAGACCACAAACCUCUAGCUGUCUCCAGAUCUAUCAAGGCGGGCAGACCACUCCACCGAACCAGGGAGAAUGACAUCUCACCUGGGUGGACUGACACCACUGCUGUGGAUCCUUUGGAGUUUCAUCGCUGUGGUGCAGGGGGACUUUGUGGAGCCCUCUCCCUCGUGCUCCUUAGAGUCCCUGGCUGAGGCUGAGACCCAGCUGCCCUGCCAGUUCAAGGUGGAAGUGGGCCAGGUGGUGGUUCAGGUCACCUGGACCAAGGAGAAAGCAGAUGGCACCAAGGACCAGAUCAUCACAGUACACCACACCGACGGACACACAGAGUUUGGUCAGUACUCGGGGCGUGUGCGGUUCAGCAGCAAGAAACCCACGGUGGACUCAUCCCUGAUCAUCAUGAACACUGUGGAGUCAGAUGAGGGCAGGUACAACUGUCACAUCAGCACCUUCCCCUCGGGGAACUUCGAACGACAGCUGUCACUCACCGUGUGGACCACGCCCAUCUCCUCCCUGGACCCUGUGAUCCUUGUCGAAGGCCAGUCCUUCCGAUUGGCUGCGUCCUGCCGCUCUGUAGCCCGCCCUCCACCCCACCUCUCCUGGGACACAGACCUAACAGGCCAAUCACACAACAGGAGUUUGGAGGGUGGUUCAGUCUCCACCCACUUUUCUCUGCAUCCCCUGAGGAGUAUGGAUGGGAAGAGGCUGGACUGUCUGGUGAGGCACCCGGCUCUGAAGGGACCACGCAGGAUCACCAACAACCUGGUGGUGCACUAUCCUCCCAAUGCAGAGAUCUCUGGGUUUGAUCAGAACUGGUAUGCUGGUCUGGAGGAAGCUGCCCUCAGUUGUGUCAGUGGAGGAAACCCCAAACCACAGAGUUUCAGUUGGACCAGAAAGGGCGGAGACUUACCAGAGGGUGUGACCACAGGGAAUGGAUCCUUGCUGUUUAAUAGGCCCCUCGUCCUGACGGACGCUGGCAUCUACCAAUGUGUGGCCAUGAACUCUGUGGGGGCGGAUAACGCAGAGGUGGAAAUCACUGUGACAGAGUUGCCUCAGGAGCAGGCGUCGUUCGACAGUCUCCUGAUGAUAAUAGUGGGAGGAGUGGCCGGAGUACUGCUUCUAGUCAUGAUCAUCAUAGUCAUCUCUGUGACCCGUCACCACAAACGCAAGAACAAGAAACUGUCGAGGGAACUCACUGUGAGGAAGGAGGAGAUCAGUACUCUCUCCAGACAGGCAUCUUUCAGAAAAAUGAACUCAGUCAGUAUGGACACUAGAGGACAGACAGAGGAGAAUAUCCCUCUCAGAGUGGAGGGGACACUGCGGACCAGUCUGUCCUCUGUAGGGGAGCAAGGGCGCAUUAGGGAGAGUCGAUCUACUCUGGUAGGGGGCGGGGGGCUAGACUACCUGGGUCGACCUGUUCUGUACAAUUCUUCACGAAGAGGGAGGGAGAGCAGAGCCAUGGACAGAGAGGAGGAGAACAGACUUAGGGUGGAGUCAAAUGUGCAGAAUAGCACCAUGUCUUUGGCAAACCAUCUCCACCCCCCUCUCCAACCCUCUCCCUUCCCAAUGGAACAGUCCAUCGAGCUGCUGAGGUCCCUGAACGGUAGUGCCAUCAUCCCAACGGAGUGGGGUUUACAUAUACGGCAGGGGCCCGGUAGCAGGAACACCCACUCCCCUCUCAGUUGCAACAACCCUCCCAUCACAGACGACGAAGACGAGGAGGAUGAAGGUGUGGAGGGGGAGUGGGAGACGUGCCCCAGGAUGAGUCCGUUGGAUCAGGGGAGGUCAGAAGACCAGGACAGCAAGACCAACAGUUCUCAGAUCUCAGAAGUAGAAUGUGGACUCAACCCUCACUUCCAGCAGAACAAUGGAACGUUGAGACCCAAACCGCUCCCCAAAUACCGGCCCAAUGGCAUCCUCCUCACCUCAUCACCACACGCCUCCUUCAUCCACAAGGCCCAGAUUGUAUAGAGCGGUAGGGCUAGGUAAGGGCAGGUGACAUAUUAUACGAUGAGGCACACUUUGCUAUACAACACCACUCUAAACAGUGUUUUGUAUGUGAUUGGUUGUGACUGUUUGGGAUACGAGGUCGUUGGUGGCAUACCUCGGUGGCAGCCAGUUGACCUACUUUUCACUUCUGAAAUAUACCUCCACCUUCACCUCAACCGCUCAGACAUUUAUGAUCAGCAAAUAAAGCUUCCGAUUCAAGAAAGACUCCUUGGCGUAGAGAUACAAAUAAUGUCAGUUUGGACAUAGACCAAAGUAGUCAUUGAUCUUGUAUAAAUCACUGUAGAAGCACAUGAAUGUCAGGUUGGACAUAGACAGACCAAAGUAGUCUUUGUAUCACAGCAAUAACGAUCACUCCAGGCCCAGGAAGCAUCAAACUGAGAGGAACUAAAAGACUGCCGUGCUUUAUUAUUGUAUAGUUUUUUUGCUACUACGACUUGGUGACAGGACUAAGGUGCAAGAUUAGAAUAUCAACUACGCACCAAUAGCGCCUGCCUAGUGGAAUCCAUGUUGGCGAACUUCCACCCUCCUUCCUUCUAGAUGAGGAUACAACCUGUACUGUUCUGUUCACCCUAAGAUGGAGUCCAUCUUUUUAACUUGAGUUUAUCUGGAGAUACCCCUCCUUGCCAUGAAACUUGGGUGUGCACAAACUUUGAACUCGCUGUAGUCUAAGAUGUCAAAAGCUGAAGACUGCAUUUUAGACAAAAGGUUAAAAAAGAAUCUUACACCUGAGCACAGUGAGAGCCUAUGUGUAAAUCUACUAGAAGUGGGAAAAAGUAUUGUUCUUCUAUUUUCUUACGCUACAGACAUUUAGACAAGAUAACUGCAAUAUGCCUUUGUUUGUAUGAAUACAGUAAAAAUAGUCUUUGCUUUGUAGGCCAAAAUAG